GAGCGAUGGAUCUGGCCGUGGCGGUUGGCGGCGCGGGUGCGGCGCAGCAGCAUCAGCAACUGCGCGAUGAGGUGGCCGAGAAGUGCCAGAAGCUGUUCCAGGACUUCCUCGAGGAAUUCCAGAACAGUGAUGGGGAGGUCAAAUACCUGCGUGAUGCUGAAGAGCUGAUCCGGCCGGAGCGGAACACCCUCACUGUGAGCUUUGUGGAUUUGGAGCAGUUCAAUCAGCAGCUCUCUACCACUGUUCAGGAGGAAUUUUACAGGGUUUAUCCUUAUCUUUGCCGAGCAGUAAGGACUUUUGCUAGAGACCAUGGAAGUGUUCCUGCAAGCAAGGACUUCUAUGUUGCAUUUCAGGAUCUGCCUACCAGACACAAGAUUCGAGAGCUGACGUCUGCCAAAAUUGGCUCGCUGAUGCGUAUCAGUGGGCAGGUGGUACGUACCCACCCAGUUCAUCCAGAGCUGGUCAGUGGCACCUUCCUGUGCCUAGACUGCCAGACAGUGAUUAAGGAUGUGGAACAGCAAUUUAAGUACACGCAGCCAAACAUCUGCAGAAACCCAGUCUGUGCCAACAGAAGGAGAUUCCUGCUGGACACAAACAAAUCAAGAUUCGUUGACUUCCAAAAGGUACAGUGGUGAGGUCGGAUGGGGAGGUGACAAAUGGUGAUGUGAUGUUGUUGUGGUGUU